AUGGCCUUUGAGCACUACUAUUCCGAGGAUUGGAAAACCAUCCCAAAGGCUGUGACUGAGACAGAAAAUUACAAUGGUUGUUUUGAUUGCAACAUCUGCAAAGACCCUGCACGUGAACCAGUAGUGACCCUCUGUGGCCAUCUUUAUUGUUGGCCUUGCAUCUACAAGUGGCUCCAUCAUCAAAGUGUUGAUUCUCUUGCACCGGAUGAACACCCUCAAUGCCCUGUUUGCAAGGAUGAUAUAUCCCACACCACUAUGGUUCCUCUUUAUGGCCGAGGCCAUUCCCCAGCUUAUAGAGAUACUUUUAUACCACCAAGACCAACUGCUUCAGGUGCUCAAUCUCUGUUGGCAACAUCAUCUCAAAGUGUUCAGCAACUUCCAUAUCGAAAUCCUUAUCAGAGUCAACAUUUCAACCCUUCUCUAUACCAAGAUGAGGAUGACACAUCACAAAUGCUCAAUCGUGGUGCCACCAUGGCACCAGGAUUCCCCAAUCUUGUGGUUCGGAUGUUUGGAGAGAUGUUUUGUACAAGAGUUUUUGGCAACUCAGAAAAUUUAUACGCCUACCCGAAUUCUUAUCACAUGAUGGGAAGUAAUAGCCCUAGGUUGAGAAGGCAAGAGAUGCAGGCAGACAAAUUCUUGAACAGAAUUUCAAUUUUUCUAAUUUGCUGCUUUCUCAUGUGUCUUAUCGUCUUUUAA